AUGGCUGCACUCCUCAGCCAUCAUGGCUUUGGCCUGUGCAAAGCUGGCUUUGCUGGGGAUGAUGCCCUGGGUCAUGAUCCCUCACACUCUCAAGUGCUCCUGACACCAGGGCAUUAUGGGUUGGACAUGGGGCAGAAAGACAGCUACGUGGGCAACAAGACCCAGAGCAAAGGCAGCAUCCCGACCUUGAAAUACCUCAUGGAGCAUAGCACCAUCACCAACGGGGAUAAAAUAGGGAGGAUCUGGCACCACACCCUCUACAACUUGUGCAUGUGUCCCCCAAGAAGUGCUUGGUGCUGCUGA